AUGACGGCGUUGUCCACACAGAUGACGGCCGUUAACGGCGGCAGGGCUCUCCGAUCAGAUGCUUUGCCCAUCGGACGCGACCAUGCGGACGGCGGCCAAUCUGGCGCCGGUAUAGCUUCAUUUGUCGCAUCUUCCAGCAGCAAUGGCGAGGAUUUCUCGGUUUCGUUGCGAGGGUUGAUGUUUAGGUUGGCUUCCGGGCCUAGCAAAAGAGGCCCCGGCCAUUAG